CCCCGCCAUCCCUCCCUUCCUUACCUCCCCCCCAACCACCAAGCAGCCAGCAGCAGCAACGCUUCAUCAACAACAACAUCACCACCAACAACAACUACCAACCCACCACGGCCACAGCGUGGUAGAUCGGUGGUUCUUCAAGAAAGCAUCGCCACUGUUGCACGUCGCUUUUCUUCCGCUGGCCGCUUCCUUCCGCCAGUGUCGCGAAGUUGCUCGCCACUGCCGCCCGCGUUGCUUGCGACACGGGCGGCUGCUGCUGCUGCUGCGUGUUGACACGGCGGCGGCACGGGGAGGGCGCGGGAGAGGCGAGGAGGAGGAGGACAUGGGCAGGGGAGAGGAGGACGUGGUGCGCAUCGCCAAGCGCCUGGAGAAGAUGGUGACGAGGAAGAGCACGGAUGGAGCUCUUGAUCUUCUUAAGGAGCUGCAGGCGAUACCCAUGACACUGGGCAUCCUAAAAAUGACGCGAGUGGGAAUGCUCGUGAACUCUCUAAGAAAACUCACGAAGGAUGAGGAGGUGAUUUCUAUUUCCAAGAUCCUCAUAAAGACCUGGAAAAAGUUACUUGGGGUCGAUCAGAUGAAGAGGAGGAGCUCGCAGGAUUCCUCCUCCUCCAGUCCGACCUAUUCCCCGGUGGAAAUGCCUGAGGGCAGUAAUUCUGGGCCCGAAGGCAAACACUGCGAGAGAGGAGGGGGAGGUGACAGGAGGCGUGCGGAGACCAAACCGCCCAGCACGCCCAGCACGCCCAGCACGCCCACCACGCCCACCAGCCCCAGCGCUCCUGGAACCCCGAGGUCGCCCGCGUUUCCAUCGGCGGGCACCUCCAGCGAGGUUGUGCGGGAAAAGUGCCGGGAAAUGCUGGCAGCUGCACUAAAGACCAAUGAUGACUACGUGAAAUAUGCGGCGAACUGCGAGCUGAUUGGGGCACAAAUUGAAGACUCAAUCUUCCAGGAGCUGCCUGCCGUGGAUCAGAAGUACAAGAACCGCGUGCGCAGUCGCAUUUCCAACCUCAAGGACCCCAAAAACCCGAACCUCCGCAUCAGCGUGCUGACCGGGGCUAUUUCUGCGAGCUGCAUGGCCAAAAUGACAGCGGAGGAGAUGGCGAGUGACGAGCUGAGGGAAAAGCGCAAGGCCAUGACGGAGGAGGCCAUCCGUGCGCACCAGAUGGCCAAGACGGGCGGCACGGAGACUGACCUGUUCAGCUGCGGAAAAUGCAGGAAGAAAAGAUGCACCUACACUCAAGUGCAGACCCGAAGCGCAGAUGAGCCCAUGACCACGUUCGUCUUUUGCAACGAGUGCGGGAACCGAUGGAAGUUCUGCUAAAGAAGAUUCAAGCACUUCAGUUUUUAUGAAAAAAUACUUCUAACUUCUCUUGCCUUAAAUGCUUUUAAACAAGACAAAGGAAUGUUUAAAAAUGGUUUAUAUAUUUAAAAAAAUAAUGGCAUAGAUUUUUGUUUUAUAACGUCAGCUUAAUUCUAAUUGACAUGUUAAAUUUCAUUGGAAUUAUUUUAAACCUUAAGUAAAUGAUAAAUAAUGAGCUGGUAAA